AUGGAAUACAAUGAUUCGUCUCGACGACAGUACGCGCAGAAUCCGUACGGCGCACAACAACAACAGCAACCGGCGCAAGCCGGCGCAUCGACUCCGGGACAGUACGGCGCCGAGCGCUUUCGGCAGUCAACAUAUGGGCAACAAACACCCACCACAUUACCAUCAUCGGGAAGAGCUAGCAGCGAUCCGCAAGCAUUCGGCUUUGCCGCAGGGACUUCGCAGUAUGGCGCAGCCGGCUCUGGAUCUGCGCCGUCAAUGCAGUAUGCAAGCGAUCUGCAGGCGUCAGAAGUGCCGCGACAGCAGGAAUCUUCGCAGUACCAAUCAUACGGAAGCGCAAGUGUUCUGUGGCCGUCAGUUCCGCAAGCACAAUCGCCGUACGAUCAAGUAUCACGGUACUCCCAACGCUCUGGACCCGGUUCUGAGACACUCGCAUCCCAAUAUGGCGUUCCACAGACUCAGUACUAUCUUCCGAGCCACAGCGUUGGCGGGAGUGCAACCGCAUCUGAUUUAGCAGCGCCGCAUCUUCCAUCGCAAUAUCAGCCGUCUGGAUAUCCUCCUGCGGCUUCCUCAACCUCUCAACCCUACGGCAGCACAAUGAUGGAUCCUACACAACCCACAUACUCCGCUUAUACCCAUUACACGCCAUCAAACCAAUCUGCCGACCAAGCGUGGAGCAGUUAUCAAGCACAAAUGCGGACCAUCUUCACGCAAGCACGGGAAGGUUCGCUGCAUGAAGUGGGAAACCUCCUUCUGGAAGUUUCACACUACUUGAUAGGCAAUGCAGAAGCUUUAGGCCUGACCAAAGACGACGAUACGGUGCAUGACGAGCGCGUCCGUCUUUGGGACGAAUUCAACCGUGCCUGGCUGGUAACGCUGCAGAUGCAGUACGACAUGGCUCAAGAAAUGAUGCGCACGCAUCAAACUUUGGUUGAGCCGCGUUCGAUCAUGAGUGCGCAAGUAUUGGAGCAUCUUUCUAGAGAAUUGGUCAGACUUUGCGACAGUGUCGAGAACAAAGGUCUGGUGGACUAUCAAAUGGGCGUCGCGGAGGAGGAGAUCAUGGACUUACUCCUGAACUGCCUCGACCAGCUGGAACCCGAUACCGAGAUGACCGGCGGCGACGAGUCGCCUCAACCUCCAACAUCGAGAGCUCGGUAG